GUGUGAAGUUGCUGCAGCCUCGCUGGACUCAGUCGCUCGCCGCCGCCGCCGCCGCUGCCGCUUAACUCGCUGCUCCACGUCCCCCCCGUGCCUUGCGAUGUCAUCUCAGUCGUGGUUCUCGGAGGUUCCCCUGGCGCCGCCCGUGGCCGUGUUCCAACUCACGGCCGACUUCAAAGCCGACCCCGACCCCAAGAAAGUCAACCUCGGCGUGGGAGCGUACCGCACGGAUGAGGGGCUGCCUUGGGUGCUGCCCGUGGUGGCGCGCGUGGAGCAGCAGAUGGGGGCUGGGUCCUUGACCACUGAGUACCUGCCUGUGGUGGGGAGCCCCUCGUUCACGUGCGCCGCCACUGCCAUCACCCUCGGCCACGACAGCAUCGCCAUCGCUGAGGGCAGGGCCGGUGGGGUGCAGGCUCUGGGAGGCACGGGCGCUCUCCAUGUGGGAGCUCAGUUCCUAAAGCGAUGGCACACACCCAAUGUGCCCGUCUACGUCUCCUCACCCACGUGGGAGAACCACAACGCCGUGUUCCGGGAUGCCGGCUUCACUGACAUCCGCUCAUACCGCUACUGGGAUGCCGAAAAGCGUGGACUUGCCAUUGACGCUCUCAUCGCCGACUUCGAGUUAGCUCCUCCACACUCCGUGAUGCUUCUCCACGCCUGUGCGCACAACCCAACCGGUACGGACCCCACACCGGCCGAGUGGGACCGCAUCUUUACCGUCGUCAAGGAGAAGCAGCUCUUCCCAUUUUUCGACUCAGCGUACCAGGGCUUUGCUUCGGGAGACCUGGAUCGUGACGCGGCCGCCGUGCGUCUCUUCGUGAGCCGCGGCAUGGAGCUCCUCUGUGCUCAGUCCUUCAGCAAGAACUUCGGCCUCUACAACGAGCGUGUGGGAAACCUGGUGGUGGUUGCACGUGACCCUACGCGCCUCCAGGCCAUCAUCUCCCAGAUGGUGAUGGUGGUGCGGCCCUUGUGGUCCAACCCUCCUCACCAUGGGGGAACCAUCGUCGCCACGACGCUGAACAACCCCGCGCUAUUUGCCGAGUGGAAGGACAACGUCCGCACGAUGGCGGAGCGCGUGCUGCUGAUGCGUGAGAAGUUGCGGGAGAAACUCAAGAGCCUGGGAACACCCGGAAACUGGGACCACAUCACGCGCCAGAUCGGCAUGUUCAGCUACACUGGCCUCAACCCCGCCCAGGUGGAGUUCCUCAUCAAACAGAAACACGUGUACCUCAUGAAGUCGGGGCGCAUCAACAUGUGCGGCCUCAACUCGCACAACCUCGACUACGUGGCCGAGGCCAUCCACGCCACCGUUACAACGGUGGCCUGAGAGCCGCACGGCACCACAUGGCACGACACCACAUGGCACGACACCACAUGGCACGACACUACACGGCACGACACCACACGACACGUCACCGAAGCACCAGGAUCUCACCCCCCGUGAAAGGUCCACCAAUCACACCGCCUUCAUGCUUCGCAUUUGCAACGUACCGCACUGUGCACACCACACCACAUUAAAGAACCAAGUCCACACCGUUUCAUGUUUGUAACAUACCAAACAGCGUAUAAAACUAAGUACAGCUGACCACGAUAUGUUCUUAUGCACCCGCAUCACACCGCGUACACACUCGCACAUCACAUUCAGAGCAUAGAUAUGCCCAUCACUCGUGUAUAAUUUCUAAACCAAAAUAAUAAAACACACAGACGCACGUAGGCUCUCGCACGCACACAAUGUUCUGGUUACAGAACAAGCCCGCAAUGCGGGUGAUUUUGGAUCACGCAGGACACACAAAUGAAUAUACACUUGAUUUUACCUUUUUGUGCGGUGAUUUCGUCCAAUCUCGGUUCAACUAAAAUUAGACUUUAGAUGUGGUGGGGACAAUAGCUCUGUCAAGUCUUACCACUUUGCAUGCUUCAUUAGUGCAAUAUAUAUUGUAUUUACAUGGCGCUGUGCUGUAAAAAAUAUCCACGAUCCAAGAACGCUUAAUACAGGAGUUGAAUUGCAGGUCUGGCUGGCAUGGGGUCGUGCGUAUUUAUUGUCGAUAGCGACGUCUUAACUUGCAAUGAACAAAUAAUAGAUUUGAAUUUUGUUCUCGGACCAGUGUUGCCAAAUCCUAGCGAUGCAAUAUGAAAGCAAACCAGUGACAAAUCUGGUGACCUGGGACAAGAAUGUGAUACAGAUUUCAGAGCAAUUCCAGGUACGUAUUAAGGAUCCUGCAUCUGGGUACGUUCAAUACUUGGUCGAUCAUUGUUUGAUUUAGAAGGUCAAUUAGUCAGACUGGUGUGGAAGUCAGACUCUUAACUGGUAUAGGAAUUCAAACUUGAGCCAUACUGAGACGCACUGAAAAAUUAGGAUGAAAGGCUGUGGUGGAGUCCACAGGUCUAACCUAUUGACCCAAGACUACCCGGCUCAUGACUGUCCACUUCAACACCACCAUCUCGCCCGCAAAUCGAUAUGAUCCGCGACAACCAAAUUCAAUAGCAUGUUUGGGUGAUUCUGUGAUUCUCGCAGUGGUAAUGCACUAACUUCCAUUAAAUCUAAAAGGCCUGAAAUACGAACUCUGGAAAAUGUUUAACCACACGUGACAAGUCUACUUUGCUCAUUAUAUUAUAUCAUCGCUGUAAUGUAAGUGAGUCUAAAUAUUUAUUGGACUAAAGUUAAAGUGAAAACGUACAUUUCAAGUUGUUCGAAACAGUGAUGCCCAGUUUCUAGAAAGUUCUAUGAAGACGGAAUAGAUAGUUGUGGACUCAAAAUUAGAAGAUAAGAAAAUGUUACGUCGGUCACUCGCAAAUAAAGUGGUCAAUUAACGUGAUCUGACCGGUACCCAACCCAUAAGCUGUAAACGACCUCACCCACAGUUAACUGGGGACACAACCCAAUGCUACACGAGUUGAGGCUUUAUUCCAAACCCACUUUGGAGUUCUCUCAAAAUAUAUUUGUCUAGAGUCUCGUACUAAAACUGCUCUUGUGUGGAGUUUGGAGGGAUUUUAUGCCUGUCAAGUUUGGGUUUUUUUCGGAGAGUGGAUUUUUUUGUUACAAGUGUAGUGACAUGGAAUGGGUCCCUAUGGAGCAUAGCGCUGAUUGCUGGCAGAGAAAGGGAUCUGCAGUUGCAGCAGCCCUGUCUGUCAAGCAGGUCAUGCGAUAAGCAGAGAGCGGGAUGUAGGGCAAAGGUGAUAGAGGGGGCACGUGAGGUAAGCCUGGGAACCAACUAGUAGGUUCUAGAAGGGGGGCGUGGCUGGGGGCAGAGGGAGGCCACGCCAAGAGGAUAAAAGGGGACCCAGAGCGAUGGUUCGGGGCUGUUGCUUGGAGUGGAAUCCCGUCGGGCUGCUGGAGUCUUCGUCACCGUCUUCACCUCAGCGUUGUCAGGCAGUUUGUUAGCUGUCCUGACUGAAGUAUGGUUACCCCUUAUAAUUAAUAGAGUGCCUCCUAUUCCUAGUAUCACUACACAAGCACUGAUGAUGCAAUCGUAAGUUGCUGGCCUGUGCUACUGGUGGUGGAUCAGGAGGCAAUAAAUGUUCUUUGAAAAUCA